AUGGGCUUAAUUAUGCAGGCUGCAGGGGUAAAGCGUCACCUUUUCUGUGGUGUUGGUUGCCAAGUGCAGGCGCUAAGAUCUGUGGAGCACCAUCUAAAUUUGGAGAAGCUUUAUGUGUUAGGCACCAAUUGUGUUGAUAAUGGAACUAGAGAAGGUCUAGACAAUUUUCUAAAGGCAGCGAGUAGUGAACCAGAAACUGUUCUACAUUACGAGUUUAUGCAAGAUUAUAAGGUCCACCUAAAGCAUUUGGAUGGUCAUAUUGAAGAGGUUCCUUGUUUCUGUCUACCAGCAAACGACUUAGUCGAUGUUAUUGCACCUUCUUGCUAUAGGUAA